ACAGUGCGGGCUAGAGGCGCACACGUUUCAUCUAGGCUUCGGGCGGGGCGCAGCAGGUGGGUGAGGCUGCGGUGGUGGCUGCUGCCCAGGGUGGGAGGCUCAGGGGAGGCGCUUGGUGACAGGAGCAGGAAGUGAUGAGGUGGGGAGCUCAGCCGAGGGCUGCACAAAGACCUUCCUGGCCUGCCCCAGACAGAGCUGAGGACCCCUGGCCGUGGGCUUGGGCCUCGGCUUCACAGGAUGGGGCUGCCAGUGUCCUGGGCCCCUCCUGCCCUCUGGGUUCUAGGGUGCUGCGCCCUGCUCCUCUCGCUGUGGGCGCUGUGCACAGCCUGCCGCAGGCCCGAGGACGCUGUAGCCCCCAGGAAGAGGGCGCGGAGGCAGCGGGCGAGGCUGCAGGGCAGUGCGACGGCGGCGGAAGCGCCCUGCGGCCUGCCAGCAUGGAUCUCCUGCGCCCACACUGGCUGGAGGUGUCCAGGGACAUCACCGGACCGCAGGCAGCCCCCUCUGCCUUCCCACACCAGGAGCUGCCCCGGGCUCUGCCGGCAGCUGCAGCCACCGCAGGGUGCGCUGGCCUCGAGGCCACCUAUUCCAACGUGGGGCUGGCGGCCCUUCCCGGGGUCAGCCUGGCGGCCAGCCCUGUGGUGGCCGAGUAUGCCCGCGUCCAGAAGCGCAAAGGGACCCAUCGCAGUCCCCAAGAGCCACAGCAGGGGAAGACUGAGGUGACCCCGGCCGCUCAGGUGGACGUCCUGUACUCCAGGGUCUGCAAGCCUAAAAGGAGGGACCCAGGACCCACCACAGACCCGCUGGACCCCAAGGGCCAGGGAGCGAUUCUGGCCCUGGCGAGUGACCUGGCCUACCAGACCCUCCCGCUCAGGGCCCUGGAUGUGGACAGCGGCCCCCUGGAAAACGUGUAUGAGAGCAUCCGGGAGCUGGGGGACCCUGCUGGCAGGAGCAGCACGUGCGGGGCUCGGACGCCCCCUGCUUCCAGCUGCCCCAGCCUAGGGAGGGGCUGGAGACCCCUCCCUGCCCUGAACACUCAAGGACCUGUGCUCCUUCCUCCAGAGUGAGGCCCGUCCCCCGCCCCGCCCCGCCUCACAGCUGACAGCGCCAGUCCCAGGUCCCCGGGCUGCCAGCCCGUGAGGUCCGUGAGGUCCUGGCCGCUCUGACAGCCGCGGCCUCCCCGGGCUCCAGAGAAGGCCCGCGUCUAAAUAAAGCGCCAGCGCAGGAUGAAAGCG